AUGGCUUACUGUAAUGUCAUGACUUUAAUCGUUAUACUGUGUGUAAUGUAAGUUUUCUAUUUUUUAUUGCAAAUAUAUAAUACAUAUAUACAGUGGAACUCAUGUAUAACGAACCCCUCUAUAACAAAACUCUUAUAACGAGCAAAUUUUAAAUCGUCGAACGAUUGAUUGUACAAGAUUUCCAUUGUAUAUAUAUAAUAGAUAUUAUAUUUAAAUGAAUAUAAGAACCACUAUGGUUUAUAAAGUCUUUUAAAACUUUAAAUUAUAGCGCAAAAACAAAUCAAACACGAGCAGCAUCAUGGAAAUCCGCAUUAAACUUUGGGCCUGAUUUCGAAAAAGACUGGAUUCAGAUGGGAGAGUAAGUGACUUUCAAUUAUCUGAGCAGCUUUGUAAACUUCAUUUGUGAGAAAUAUAUCUUAAUUUUAAGAAGUAGAAAAACCUUCUGUUUUUAUACGGCAGGGUAAAAUAAGGUAGAGCAAGGUGAAAAUUCGUUUUGCAAAAAAAUAUAGUUUCAAGAAGUGAAAACAAUUAUUUAAAAAAAAUCAAAUUUUAAGAAAUCAACCUAACGUGCCAAAGCCAAAACCUGAGAUUGCUAAAGAGAGCCUGCGUGGAAUGGUUGCUGACGAGCCAGUUGGAUCCGGUAAACUGGCAUCAAAGAACUGCUUCUUUUCACCAGUUCAAUGUAGUUUUUUCUACAAACGUAGUUAUGCUCCCUAUCCCGGAUACGGCCGAUUUAACAGAAAGUAA